UGUUGUCCUGUUUUGAAGCCCCUCCGUCCUGGCAUCCUGCUGCAUCCCUCCACUCUCUUCUUCUUCCUUUCUUUCUUUCUUUCUCCUCCCUCCACAGCGGGACUCUUCCUCGACAGGCUCCUGUCAGGCCGGUGGCGUUCAGUCUUUUGGGAGCUCCGUAGAAGCCAGAAACCAUGCUGACGUUUUUGGCGCUGGCGUCGGUUGUCCUCCUGGGAAUAGUGCCUGAGCAGUCCCAGGCUAUCGUGAUUUACACCGGCUGGGAGCGCCAUGCCCUGUUGGGCUCCGACAUCCGGCUGUCCUGCUCCUUCUUCUCUUGGCGCUGGACCUCGGAGGACGUCACCUUCUCCUGGACGUACAGACCCGAUGGCUCCCGGGACAGCAUCUCUAUCUUCCACUAUACCGGCGGUGUUGCCUACGUCGACAACAAGGGUCCAUUCAGGGACAGGCUGGAGUUUGUGGGGAACCCUGGUCGCCGCGACGGCUCCAUCCUGCUCAAAAACCUGGAGUUCACCGACAACGGCACCUUCACCUGUGAUGCCAAGAACCCCCCUGACAUUGUGGGAAGACCGUCCAGCGUCCGCCUGCUGGUGUUUGAGAAAGUGCCCAUCCAGGCUGGCGUGAUCACAGGAGCCAUCAUUGGAGUGGUGCUGGGCCUGCUGGUGCUCAUUGUGGUCAUCUACUACCUGAUGAGGUUCCUGGUGGCGCGUCGCGUCUUCAGCCUCAGCGUCAGCAAACAUGGCAAGAAAAAGAAAGAGGGAUCACAGCAGAGACAGCUCUGGACACCGCCCCCUCUCACUUGCUACCCCCUCCCCUAAAAGGACUGUCUCGCUACCUCCUCACCCUUCUUUUUCUCUCUGCAUGUUUCACCCUUUCCUCCUCCAUGUCCACCUAAAUGUGCUCUUUUCUCCUCUUCACACAGCUCCACCCAUCCUGCUCUAACCCCAUCUCAUCCUCUCACCUCUAACACCAACCUCCGUCCUUCCUCCUCUUGCUGCCUUUCCUCCUGAAGUGACUCUCCUCCCCUGUUCUCCCCCCGACCCCCUCUCCCUCCUCCCCCACAGGGCCCCGUGCCUCCCGCCGACCCCUCCAAGGUGAAGGCGGCUGCCUCGGAAAAGAAGAAGCAGGAGUCACGCAAGGAUAAGAAAUAGGAUUCGGGGAGGGGCUGGGGCGGGCUUGCCGACUGGCUGCUCCAGCCCGUUCGCCAGGCGGUGGCGACAGCCCAGCCCAAGCAGCAGCAGCAACAGCAACAGCAGCAAACCAUAGUCAGGAAGACAGAGAGGGUUGGAGGAAGAGGCGGGGAGGAGGAGGGCAGGGUUCUGAUGACCAUUGAGCUGGAGCUGACCCGCAGAAAUGGGGAAGAGGGGCCUGGCGGCGAGGGAGGAGGAGGGCCAGGGAGGUCCAAACCGCUCAGUCUCCUCUCCCGCCUUGCCAAUCAGCUCACUUUAAAACAAUAGGAAGGCCGGGGGUGGGUGGGGGGAGGGCAUCAGGGAAGUCUGCCGAGGAGAUAGUGGGAGAGUUAAAACCACAAAGCUACUUUACGCCCACCACCAACCUGAGUCCCCUGAAUAAAUGAGUCAAAUCAUAUCUGCCCUUGUCACAGGCUGAUGAGUGUACACGUCGCUAUAUGGGUCCAGAUCUAAGAUGUCGUGAUAAUCUCUUACACCAGCCGGCACCCCGAGUACUUUUGUCAGGUCAUAAGAUAUGCCAUUUGAAGCGAGACCUUAAGACGGCUGGGUUUGAUAACAAAAUCUAAAAAGCGGCUCCCAGGGUUUUUGCCUUUCUGGUACCCUUUUAUUGUGAUCCUAUCCGCCGAAAAAGCCUUCUCCAAGUGCAUCCGAUACGCAUCGCGAAUCCCCAGCUGCGGGGACAAGCCAAUUUGCUUUUUCUCGGCAGCGACGUGUCAAAACUUUCUUCCUUCACUCUCAUCUUCAUCACCCCCCCCUUCUCCUAUCCUGUCUUCCUCCUUUCACUGUGAAUAUCCUGACUUUCUUGUUAAUUCAAAUUAAAGAAGUGAUUUAUAUGCUAACUGCUCUAUCCUGUUUCUCUUCCUUUCUCACUUCCCUUCCCUUUCUCUUCUUCCUCCUAUAGAUAAAGGUCUGACUUCUCCAUGACUGCCUCCACUCCUCUAGUCUGCUCCCUCCUUUUCUGCCCAGCCUGAUGCAACCCCCAUUAUUCCCCAUUAUCUCUACUCUUUCAAGACAGCACUGGCUAUAAGAAUAGUCCCUACUAUAUCAGUGGCAAGAUUGUCAAAUAAUUUUUACAACGCCUCAUCGGAGAUCCUGUAUGCACUCAUUGGGCAAACUGUAAAACUGUUAAAGGCCUAACUAUGCACAUAACUUCCUUAAGAGGAACCCGACAGACAUCCCUCUGUGUUUAGAGUCCCCUGAAUCUUUCAACCCCGUAAUGUUUAUGACUCAAUCACACACAGCGAGCAGAGCUGUGAGUGCACUCUGGACUUUAGAUAGAGAAAAAAAGAAAGCGAGACGACAGAGAGGGAGAGUGAUGGUGGGAGAGAAAUAUGAUUCCUGCUCUCGGCCAGCGCAGAUAGAGGUUCAAGCCCUCGAGCUCAGGGGUGAUUCAAUCCUCUCACAUUUGAGCUAAUGGAGGUUGUCGCCGUGUCCCUGCCCUGGCUAAAGGGUGCUAUUUCUGGCCCCUAUAAGAGUGUACAGGGCUUACUGUAACAGCUGCACAUUUUUCUGACGGCACGGGAAGUGGGGGAAGAAGAAGAGGCGAGCAGGGGCGAGUAUUGGCGGUGGUUGGUUUGUGCACGAGGCUGUUCGCUGUUGACUCGACGGCCGGCGACUGACGAACCUGGAAUGACGUCACGGCCCUCCGAGGGGCUGGCGGGCGCCCUCAGGAGCCCGACAUAAAGGGAGCUUACCGGGAAGAAGGUGCAGCUUCUGUGCUGUCAGAGUUAUUUUAGGUCCGGUUAAUCCGCUUGCACGUUUCUUCCUCGGCUAAUUAUUUUAGCUCGUGCUGGUAACAAGAUAUCUCUCCCUACAUCUCCCUCACUGCCUCCUCUGCUGUCUCCACUGCUCUGUUGUUCAUCUCUUCUCCUCCCAUCUUGGGGAAUCAUCUCCUUCCCCAAUUUUCACCCCCUCCGUCUCUUACGUCUCCUAUUUAUCUCGUCCUCUUCGUGCCGUCUAGUCACUCUGCACUGCAUUAUUCCCCCACAGAAAAGGCCUAUACACAAUCCACUCCACUCUUUAAGCCUCUCCUUAUCUGACUGCCAGGCCUACAGCUCAAUGCCCCUCUCUCUUUUCUGUCCUUCCUCCUUCUUCUCUUUUCUCAAAACUCGGUGGCGGACAUCUCUCUCUCUCUCCCCUCCCCUCCGUCUUCUCCAAUGAUCGACGAACGCCCUCUGGCUUGCCCUUCAAAUGCCACCUCCCCUUGAGGCAUGUCCCUUUGCCAGCCUUCCUUCCUUCCGUCCGUCCGUCCGUCCUUCUCCGGCCCUUUACUGUCUAGUUUCUGCUGGUUUGAAAGCCAAAACACUCUCCUCUGCCUCCAACUGGCAGAGGAAAGAAACACAUGGGCAGAAAAUCCGCCUUUAGUCCUCACUGAAGACGCCAAACGGAAACUUAUAAUCUAGCUAGCUCUUUUCCGGUCGCAAAAAAAUCCGAUGCAUGUUUUAUGUAUAUGUGUGUCUUGUUAAAGAGUGAUGAGAUUUGAUAUAAAGCAAAAAAAUUGAAAACAAGCAGUACGUCACCCUAAGUAAAGCAAAUAAUGUUUUUUUGGAAGAUAUUUUUUCACAUGUGCGCAAAAGAGAACACAUGGAGAACAUGUUCAUCAAGGCAGGAAAGAAAUGUAAUUGUAUUCUAUGGAAUAUGCUAUUAUAUUUCUGACCUUGUGUGUUAUGGAGGGUACUGUGUGGCCGUCUCUUUGGUUGUGUUUUUAUCCCGAGACGAAGGGGAAAUCGAGGUUGUAGCGCAGUGUCAGAGAGAAGAUGAGGGGUUGGAUAAUGGUUUAGUUAGUCUCAGAUUCAGCACAACGUGGCUGGGGAGAAAAAUAAACGGGUGAGGAAGGCACUUGCUGUGGGAGAAAGCUUUGGAGGAAGAGACUUAUCUGGCGUGUUAAGCCCAGCCAAAAAUCCAUAUGUAUCACUACAGAUAGAGGCAGCUCUUCCCCUUGAGCUUUCUUUUAAAGGUGCUCCUUCCCUCCAACCCUGAGCCAACAAUGGAUUGCGAUCUGCGAGCUUGAUAUGCAGGGUGGAUAGUGUAGACUUGAAUGUUCCUUUAAAAUUCAUAACAGGAAUGGAGGUGCUAAAAAAUCCACACUUUAUAACUGGAGAUCUGUUUCACUAGUCGCUGUUUAACUAUCCAGUCAGAUGGAUUAGUUAGAAUGUUUUCUUCUUUUUCCGCCAAAAAAAGCCACACAGACACCUGACAUAAGACAAACAGCAUUAAAAAGUUGCCUUUUAAAAGUGUUUUGUUUGUAUGUACGGUAUAUUGAACUGUAUUAGUCAUAGUUGCACGAUAACAUCCCUUCAUUUGAAAUGACUGGAGCUUCUUACAUUUUUUUACAUUUAUUUUAAUGCUUGUGAUAAUUUGACAUCACUAACUACUUUCGAUGACUCUGUAUAAUAUGUUGUAAAGAGAACGGAAAUAAAAAUAAAAGCGCAGCUGUUGUCGACAGAAGACAAGGUAAACCCA